CACAUCUGGGCAGCAUUAGCUGAGUCUGGAAGCCGGUAAGAACAAGCCACUUGUUUUGAGAAAGUUAAAGAAGAGGACUCCUGUAUGGACUGAGAGAGACAGAGAGACAGAAGGCACAAUUGCACACCUUUCCACGGGCAAGGCAGCUUGAAUUCUCAGGCAGCUCUGCCUUCAUCUUUACCCUGCCAUCUGGAAUCUCCAUUCGCAUGCUAAGAUGCCCCGAGGAGCAUUCCCCCUCUUGCUGCUUCUGUGGGCCAAAAUGGUCUCCUCCACAUGGUAUGAAGGAUCUGGCUACUCCGCUGCAGAAAGGCAAACCAAUGAGGUGUAUGCUGAAGAAACCACCCAUGUUCUUGCUCCAGAAUAUCGAGUUCCCCAGUGGUGUCACCUGUUGAGCAUUUAUCACGGGGAGGCUACGUGCUAUUCUCCUCGUGGAGGUAAUUACCGCAGCAGCCUGGGGACGCGCUGUGAGCUUUCCUGCGACCGUGGAUACCGCUUGAUUGGCCAGAGGUCCGUACAGUGCCUGCUAAACCGUCGCUGGUCAGGCCAUGCCUACUGCAGACAGAUUCGGUGCCCUACACUGCCGGCUAUCUACCAUGGAUCGUACCAGUGUUCAGAUGGAGUCAAGGUCGAUUCUCACUGUGACUACACCUGCCGGCCUGGAUACCACCGGGAAGGCGAUCGCAGCCGUGUGUGCACAGAAGACGGACAUUGGAGUGGCAGCGAGCCAAUUUGUGUAGACAUAGAGCCUCCGAAAAUCCAAUGUCCCGAGUCUCGAGAGCGAAUGGCAGAACCCAACAAGCUGACAGCCACUGUGUACUGGGAUCCACCUCGGGCAAAGGACUCUGCUGAUGGUGUCAUCAAACAGAUGACACUCCGGGGCCCAGAACCAGGAUCCGAGUUUUCUGAAGGAGAACACAUUAUCCGCUACACCGUCUAUGACCAGGCAUACAACCGAGCAAGCUGCAAGUUUUUUGUGCGCAUCCAAGUGAGUCGCUGUCCUGUUCUAAAGCCACCAGAGCACGGUUAUGUCAGCUGCACCUCAGCAGGGAACAACUAUGGAGCUACCUGCGAGUACCACUGUGAUGGAGGAUAUGAACGCCAGGGUGCCCCCUUGAGGGUCUGUCAGUCCAGCCGCCAAUGGUCUGGCUCUCAGCCCACGUGCAUUCCCAUGCAGAUCAAUGUGGAUGUGAACUCUGCUGCUGGCCUUCUGGACCAAUUCUAUGAAAAGCGCCGGCUGCUCAUCAUCUCUGCUCCUGAUCCUUCUGACCGCUACUAUAAGAUGCAGAACAGCAUGCUGCAGCAAGCCACAUGUGGGCUGGACUUGCGCCACAUCACUGUCAUUGAGCUGGUGGGGCUGCCGCCUCACGAGGUGGGGAGGAUCCGUGAGCACCGACUCUCAGAGAACAUCAUUGAAGGGCUCAGGUUAGUGGUGCAGAGUGGCUGGCAGAGGUUCAGGUUCAAAUCCCUGCUCAGUGACGAACGUUACUGGCCUUGGGCGACCACUUGCUGGGAUGUUGCAAAGAGAAGAGUGUGCAUGAUAAGGCAAAACAAAAUGAAGAGGGAGUUUGCUUUUUCCACAUUUGUAAUUUUUAAUUCAGCUGCCACAAAAUGCGGUGGGGUCAACUUAGAAUUUAAAAAUCUUUAAAGCCAACUAUCAGUGAGUACAAGCCAAUCUGGCUACAUGCAUCUUCCAGGUUUAGGAACAGUAGCUGUGGAACAAUUAAAGGGCUGUUAUUGUUUCCAUGUCCUGCUUGUGAAAUUGCAAGAAGCAUUUGGGUGUCCGCUAUUGGAAACAAUAUGGUGGACUAAGUGGAGCUUUGAUCUGAUGCUGUGAAGAUGGUACCAGAUCCUUCAUUCAUCUCAGUGAACUGGGGUCUGGAAUAAAAUGUGGUGGACCCUGAGGCAUAUUUCCCUUUCCCUAUAUUGCUCCAGUUCUGACCCUGUUGUAUCCACUGACACUCUCACUCCAUGAUACGGAUAGAUACCUUGGCUUUAGGUGCAGUGGAACAGCAAGCCAAAAGUAAAAACUGGCAACUGGCGGCUUCUAGUAGUUGUGAGCCAUGGGGAAGCCAACAACAGAGACACCCCCCCCCCCAAGAUUGCAGGCAGAUAGAAGGGCUCAGGCAGCCCUUAAGUUAUCCUGCUCCCAAUGGCUUUAUAAAAUAAUGCAAAAACAUUGAACCUGGCCUGGAAACACAUAAGCUGUCAGUCAGUGCAAGCACUCGUGUUACAUGCUGGCUCCCCAGGGCCUCUAGAUAUGGCG